CCUACGAUCGGUUCGAUUCCGGCGCGAGGAUGAACGCUUACGCGCCAUUUCUCGAUCGGCUCCGCUCCGGCGAGCCGUCGAUGCAGCGGCACGCCGUUGCCGCUCUCUUCGAGAAGCUCCGCUCCGCCCCUCCCCACCUCGGCCUGUCGUCCGAUGCCGGGAAGGAAGCUAUUGGCAGGUGCCUCCUAUCGACCUCUGCGUCCGUCGCCGAUCAGGCCGUCCGCGAGCUAUGCCUCCUUGUCAAGAACGGCCGGAUGGAUCCUCAUCUGGCGUUCCAGGAGCUGCUUGCUGCGCUUGAGGGAUGCCCUCCCCGGUUCGUCAGCGUCUUCGUCAAAGGAAUCGGCUUCCUCUGCAGGCUCGCCUUUCGGAGCGGUCCCUGGUGGCGUGACGACUCGCCGGAGACGCAUCCCUUCAUCAAGGUACUUUCGUGUCGGAAUGAGACGCAAUCAGAGAUUAUGCAGCAAGUGAUACUGUUUGUCUCAGAGCAUUUACACGAGAGCGUAAGUGAUACAGCUUUGUUCGUAAGGCCCUUUAUUAUGUUCACGUUCUUGGAAGACCAUUUUUCAGUGAAAUCCACCUUCGCGAGGCAGUUGGUUUCGUGUAUUUCAUCAUUGUCUUGCUCCAUUCUUCCCCAAGGGAUAUCACUUUUCAAGAUUUUAGUGGAAUGCAUGGGCUAUAUUUAUUGGAAGAAUUUAGAGGGGUUUUCUCUUCUGAGCGUCUCAGCAGAGUGUUUGGUGGAUGCAUAUUCAAUAAUCUUGGAGCAUAUGAAGGAAACAGAAAUGUAUGCUUCUGAGGUUCAAGUGGUUGGAGCAGAACUUCUAGAGCGACUCUUGUCUUGCUGUGCUAGUUGUGGUGGUGAAUAUGCCGAAAUCGAAGUGCUUAUCAUGCUAUCGAAAAGAUUGCUUCUUCUCCAAAGGAAUCAUGGAUUGAGAUAUAUGCAGACAUUUUCUUCUGCCAUAGCCUUUUUAUUUUUCAUUCUUACCAAAGCAGAGUUUGAGCAUGAGCAGCUUGCAAUAUUGAAUCUCUUAAUUAUGCUGCUGGACUGGAGGCAUGAAUCUGAAUCAGACAAGACAAAUGACAAUUCUUUUUCUUUAAGGGAAGAGCUUUUAUUCAUUUUUCCCGCAAUCCAUCUCAUGGCUUCUCCUGCUAAAUCUAUUAAAGCUGCUGCAUCUGAAUUACUUGGUAAAUUGGAGAUGCUAAUAAAAAAUUUGUUGGGUUCAACAAAUAGAUUAUCAGUUAGCAACAAAAGGCUUCCGCAUACUAGAACAACUGAAUAUCUUCCCCAAAAUUUAUUGCAGCAUUUGUUUCUUCAGGAUCUGUGUUCUUCAGAAAAUACUUACUGCUUAAGUGUUGGUCCCAGAGCAAAGUUCAAGGGCAUUGGAUCUUGUGAUAUGCCAAACAUGUGGCUUGCUGAACUAAGAGACCAUAUCUCAGUGGCUGUUGAAAAGUCAAAGUCUGUAGCAUUUUCUCAACCUUCAAGUCAUCUGAUGGCAGGGAUUCCAUUCUUGCUUGGUGCUGUUAUCUCUGUUCUGAUUAUGCACCAAAAUCUUCAGCUCUCUGCUAUUGAUACUUUGGCUUCUAUCGCAAGAAUGGAUCAGAGAUUAGGCCUUUCUCUGCUGCUAGUUGUCCUGUUCUACAGUAGAAUCAUCUGCAUUGAGAAGAAGCAGUCACCUGAAAUUUUGCUGAAGCUCUUGACGGUUUUUGCAUCAAUGGGAUCACACUCUCCCGUAUCACCACUAAUUGUUGAGACAAUAUCUUCAAUGCUUUGCAAGGAUGUGAACCCAGUAUUAUAUGCUUUUGCAGUUCGCUUACUUUAUCAAGCAUGGGAGGUCUCAAAUUCAAAUUCCGUCUUUGAGCAUUUACAGGGAGCUUUGCAUUCUAGUACGUUUCUUCAGUUUUCCUGCGAGAGUGACGUAUGCAUUAGCAUUGCUGCUUGCAUCCGUGAUGUUUGCAAGAGAAAUCCUGAUAGGGGUGUUGACUUGAUCUUGUCUGUAUCUGCAUGUAUUGAGAGUCAUUCUCCAACCAUCCAAGCUCUUGGACUUGAAAGCCUUGGUUUUCUUUGUGAAGCUGAUGUAGUUGACUUUUAUACCGCAUGGGUUGUUAUUAUGGAACACAUUUUGAGUUACUCCCAGGUUCCUAUCAUUGCCAACAGCUUAGCCACCCUUUUACAGUGGGGAGCAAUGGAUGCCAAUGCAUACCCUGAAAGAUCAACCCAAGUACUACUUAUUCUAUGGGAACUUGCAUCCCCUGUACAUAUUGGUCAUGAAUUGGAAUGGUUAAGGCCACGUGCAACUGCUUUUAAGUCACUCUCCCAGUAUGAGGUAAAUCUUGUUCAACAAGCAAUUCCCAAUUUGAAGGAUAGCAUUUUGAGCUGGGUUACUUCUGAAUCUGAUGCUGAAGUUCUCAAGGCAAUGGAGGGUUUGACUGUCAAGCUGAUAUCUUCUGAGCACAUGACAAGGCGUAGGUUCCUGAAGGGAAAGAAAAUAAAUGUUAGUAAAAUAGACAAGAUACUAGAUGUUCUACCACGGGUUCUCUUUUCAUCAGGAAACUCAAGUGCUGAAGCAGGGGAUUUCCCAGGUGUGGCAUUAGUAUGCUUUCCUUUGUAUACUAAUACUCAAUCCGACAAAGGGGCAUCAGCGUUUAAGGACUUGGUGAAGCUGCGGACAUUAUAUGAAGGUUUCAUGCUGGAAAUAGCUGAUUCUUUACAACUGUCAAGAAAUAUAUUUUUGGCAAUCUUGUCAUUGCAAUCCUGGCAAUCUUUCAUGCUCCGUUGGAUGAGAAAAGCUGUGGUCAUUCUUGGACAGAAAGAGUUGCCCAACAUUAGUGACAAAGGCUUCAACAAGUUUGCUGAUGAUGUCCUCAAGGGUAUAUGUGAGAUGUCUAAUGGAUCUGUUCCUCGUCAAGCUGAGAAUAUGGCAUUAGCUAUUGGUGCACUGGGUUCGAUUUUACCUCCAUCUGCCCAUGCAGUGACUUCUAGUGCGUCAAGGUUUUUACUGGGUUGGCUGUAUCAGUUUGAGCAUGAGUCCAGACAAUGGACAUCUGCUAUUUCUUUGGGCAUUCUCUCAAGCCUUCUGCAUGUAACAGACUCGAAAACAAAGCUAGAGAUUGGUGAUGGACUUUUUGAGGUUAUGCGUAAUAGCAAGAGUCCCCUUGUAAAAGGUGCCUGUGGUUUGGGCUUGGGUCUCAUGUGCCAAGGUCUUCUUAAGCGACCUGGUGAUGAUGAAGGUUUUAUUCCUGAAGAGGGAUCCCUUAAGCUGAUGGAGGUAGAGUUGCUUGGCAAAUUAGUAAGAGGCUUGUCAACAAUGAUUGUUCAGAUGUGUGAUUUGUCAUCUGACUCGCUGGAAAGACUCUGUAACUUCAUUCCACGAAGUGCAGUACGUGGACUUAAAGUACAUGAAGCUACUAGUUUAGGAACUGAGACCUAUGAUAGUUCACUUGAGGACACUUGGGGGAUUGCUGGGCUUGCAAUGGGACUAGGAUAUUCUGUCAUUGCUUUGCACAGAGAUGGUUCUGUUGAUGCCAUGUCAGAUGUAAAAAAUAUGAUAAUGUCUUGGAUUCCACAUGAUACUCAUAUAAAAGGUUCUUCUAGGCCUUCUGCUGCUGACAGAAUGAUCAAGGCAUCAUUAUGUACAGGUGCUUGCCUUGUGAUCCCUGUAAUUUUGUCUGUUUUCCAGAAAGCAGAACUGUUGGAAGGCAAUGAAGAAAUUGAAUUUAUAAUUAAUAGCUACCAUUGUGUUAUAUCUCAGCUUCUUGACUUAAAGAGUUUUGGUGCUGCUGAGCAAAGUUUACUGAUGGCAUCUUGUGCUGGUGGUGGUGGUCUUAUUUCUGGCAUUUUACAUGAAGGAGUAUUCUCACUGAAGCUUGAGACCAUAAAAAGUUUAAUGAAUCUAAUGAAGGAUACCUAUACUGGAGCCUACCCUUCAUUAGUUUGCUUGGGUGGUAUGAUUGGGAUAGUGAAUGCAAUGGGUGCUGCUGCAGGUCUUCUUGGCCAGGCAUUUCAUCCUUUGCAGAAGAUCUAUCAAGCAAAGGAAUCUUCUUCUAUUGGAGUGCCACUACUUGCAAGUCCUCUUUCCGAAUCACUAUGUACGCCGCUGGUGCAAGAGAUAUUUCUGGUGGUUCAGGAUCCGAAGGACCAGAAACUGCACCAUUCUGCGUGGGCACUGUCACUUCUUAGACACAAAUUGAUGUCAAAGGACUUGGAUACUGGAUAUGGCUUCUCAGUGCAGUCAAACCUGCCUUCGCAGAAUUUUGCUGAGGAUAGUAUAGUUUUGGGACUUUCACUGUGGCUUAUGAAUCUUGAUUUCUCCAAGGAUUGUACGUCAACAACCAUUCAGACAAUCUCAACAGUUUUGAGGUGCCUUGGACAAACUCCUAGGCUACCUCCAUUGGAUUGGGGAGCUAUUGCAAGACGUUGCAUGCAAUUUCCAAUUUGCAAAAAUCAGCCUUGUGAGCAGGAUGUGGAUGGGACAACCUUAAAAGAGGAGUGCCUCCAUUUCUUAUUUGUUCAUGCAGAACAUGACAAUUCCCUCCUAUGUUUGCUUAAUGAAAUAGCUGACCUGGCAAGGUUUCAGCUUCUGCAGUUACCCCUCCAGUGUAUUUUAUUGGCGCAUCUGAUGGACAUGAUAAAAAUCUUCUCAAGUUCUAGAAUGCACAAGCUAUGGCAUGAUAUGAUUGAAUAUUUCACCUCAUCUGUGUCUCCUUAUCUUGUUUAUCACAUACAUCAGAAAAGUAUUCUCAGAAUGUCGUUCUGGAAAGGUCUGAAUGAAUGUUUUACUGCCACGAUCGAUGACCUAUCACAUUCUUCAGUUAACCUGGAGAACAUCAUGCAUUUGUUGUUUGGUUUGCUUCCUCAAAUACCUUAUGGCAGGGUUCCAGAAUUAGUUUCUUAUGCAUUCGAUCAAGAAUGGUCAGAAGCUAUAAAAUGUUUAGCAAAGGCUCACAAAGGUCAAACCAUGGCCCUUCUUCAGCUUAAAAAAAUGCAUCCACAACAAGGACGAAACAGUCUCCCUGAAAUAGCAAAGAAGUUUAUUGCAAGUGCUCGUCUUACAGUGUUGGAUCAACUGCCAGUGUCAGAGAUGGAAAUACUGAAAAGUUAUUUAGUUUCUGAGGAACUAGAUGAUGCAGGUGCAUGGUUUAUGCUGUUGGAAGCUGUCGCUGCACUGGACCGUGCUGCUCUUGAUGAUAAACGUAAAUGGCUUCAUGAUACAGUUGAGAUCAUAUACAUAUGCAGGCAUCCUUCAGCGGCACUACAAUUUUUGGGUCUUCUAUCAAGCUGUUGGAGUGAAUAUGCACCAAUUCUUGUUUUGAACCCCAUCUCAGUCUUGAGCAAUUUGCCAGCUACACUGCCUUCUUUGCUAUCAUCUCCUACAUGGAACUCCAUGGCAGCAGCCAUCGUCGAGCAGUUAUGGGCAUCAACCGAGCGACUUCACAACUUGGUUGCAAUGUCGAAGCACAAAGGAGAUGAUGCAUACAAUACAGGUGACACUUGGAUAGGUAAAAAUGGAAAUGACAGCUUUCUUGUGCAGGUCUUGCACGAGACCUGCUUUAAUCUAAGAGUGUACUUGCCAUUUGAGAAGCAGCUCAAGCUUGCUAACAUGAAGAUUACGUGAAAAGCGUGAUAUCUACGAAAGUGUUUUUUGGUUCUGUUCAUAGUGUUGCAUUUUCCCUUUUAGUUUA